AUGAGGGCUUUCGUUGUGCUUUGUGCUGUGGCUUUGGCCGGUGCCGUGCCCGUCGCGAAGGAGGAUGGGAUGAACAGGUUCAUCUCGGCCAUCAGGGAUUGCGUUGAAACGGAUACGUUGUUGUGCCUUAAGGAAAAAGCAAUGAAGUUCACGGACAAUCUGGCCGUCUCCAAGGAUUUGACCGUAGUUGAUGGCAUCAGCUUUUCCAAAACCGGAAGCCCACGCUCCGCCAGGAGUUACGAGGCAUUAGCUGACGACCCGAAGAUCAGGGAGCAGCAAGUCGAAGAGAGAAUCAUGGACAAUGUCGUGGACUUCCUCGAUAGUCACGUUCUGCAGCUGAGAAUGCCGAAAUACUUCGAAGAGGACAAUUCUGUCGAAGAAGAGGGCCGUGGCAAGAAGAAGAAGAAGCUGAAGAAACUCCUCCCCAUCUUGGCUCUUCUCAAGCUCAAGUUUGCUGCCCUGAUCCCCUUGUUCCUGGCCAUCAUUGCCUUCGCAGUAUUUAAGGCAUACAUCCUAGGAAAGAUUGCUUUCAUCGCCGCCGCUUUCAGUGCUCUGAAGAAGCUCUUAGAUUCCAAAAACUCCAAAUCCAACAGUGGUUGGUCUGAGCCGUCCCACAAUGAGCAAUCCGGCUGGGAGAGCAAUAACGGAUGGGGCAGGUCCCAGGACUCACAGGACCUGGCUUACUCGGCUCACGUUAAAGAAGAUUAGCUCAUAAACGAUUUUUGAAUGCUCAAUUGUUAUUGUGAGUGGCGAGUUCUGAGCAAAUCUUAUUCAUUUAAUGCGAAUUAAUUUA